ACCGGAGACAUUCUUCCUAGCACACAGUUUCUUGUGGCUGACCAAAACAACUCUCUUGUUUACAUCUGGUCGGUGCUUUUAAACAGAUAAUUACUGAGUUAAAGCUCGUAUUUAAGUGAUCAUUUGAGUCUCGUAUGUUUAAUAGUUAGUUAAACAGUUCCGGGAGGAUGUUUGUGAAACUCUAACUGUUAUUAUAGCAGAGUUAAUGUUGUAUUAGAGUUAACAUCCGGUGUUAGCUAACGUUAUCACCCGGGAGAAGCCAGGUGAUGGAGAUGGAGAAGCCUGGACGGUUCUAGCUUCAGUCUGCGGGUGAAACACGGGAAACAGAGAGAUGCCUCCUAACAAACGCAUCCACAAGAAGACCCUGAAGCUGGAGUGUGAGUGGAGUUCAUGCCAGGAGUCUUUCAGUCGGAUGGAUAACUUCUGUAAACACGCGGAGGGACACCUCACUGCGGCGGAGGAGGACGAGGAGGAAGCAGGAGGGGAGAGAAACUGUCUUUGGAGAGACUGUGGUUUCUGUUCUGUGGAGGGUCCCGAGGAGCUGCGAAGACAUCUGUUCUUUCACUGUUACCACACUAAGCUGAAGCAGUUGGGUCAACAGGUGCUCAACGCCCAUCCAGAGAUGGGCACCUGCUCCAUCGGCUACCAGAACUGCAACAUCAUCCCAGACAUCCCAGACAAUUUCAUCUGCCUUUGGGAGGAAUGUGAGCAACCACCGUAUGAAAACCCAGAGUUCUUCUAUCGCCAUGUGGAGAUGCAUAGCCUGUGCAUAGAUGUACCAACAGGAGACCAUGAAUUCCCCAUACGCUGUGGAUGGAAAGAUUGUGAAGCCACCGCUAAAGGGCGUCCUAAGCUUCGGGAGCACCUGCGCAGCCACACCCAAGAGAAGGCGGUGGCGUGUCCAGGCUGCGGGGGGAUGUACGCUAACAACACCAAGUUCUUUGACCACAUCAUACGACAGAGCGCCAUGGAAGGUCAGAGGUUCCAGUGUUCUCACUGUUCCAAACGCUUUGCAACAGAAAGACUACUGAGAGACCACAUGAGAACCCACGUGAGCCACUAUAAGUGCCCGCUGUGUGACAUGACUUGUCCGUCACCCUCUUCCCUGCGCAACCAUAUCAAGUUCCGCCACAGCAACGAGAAGCCAUACAGCUGUGAAUACUGCGAAUACAGCUGUAAGAAUCUGAUAGACUUGCGCAAACACCUGGAUACCCACAGCAGCGAGCCGGCUUUUCGCUGCGACGUUCCAGGCUGUGGCUUCACCUCUCGUGCCCUCGGCACCAUGAAGAUUCACCACAAAAGAGAGCAUAAGGGGAAUUUUGUAGCUCGCUACAAGUGCCAUGUGUGUGAUCAGUGCUUCACCCGGGGCAACAACCUAACUGUUCAUCUGCACAAAAAGCACCAAUUCAAAUGGCCCUCUGGACACCCCAGGUUCAGGUACAAGGAGCACGAGGACGGCUUCUUGCGGCUGCAACUGAUUCGCUACGAGAGCGUGGAACUGACCGAGCAGCUAAUGAGGGAACGACAAAGUAAUCAAGCGGAGGAGGACGAGGACAGCGGCCAGACCGAGGAGGAAUCCCCGGGGGCGGCUCCCUCGGAGUCGCAGGUAGAACUGAGGGGGGUGCUGCUGGAGGAGCAGAGGACUGAGGAGGGCAGUCAGGAGGAGGGCAUGCUGUACGUUCUCACUGGAGGUUUGUCGCAAGCUGGGGAGGACUCUGUCAUGCAGCAACUCCAGGAUGUUGCUCAGCAGCAAGGAAUGCAGGUGGUUUGACUGCUACAGUCCUGAAUACACGUCUUACACAUGACAGGAUAGCCUGUAAUCAGCUGUGCUGUCUCAUAGACCUUGAGGAAUUUCUGAGCCUUUAACGGGGACUGAAGGAACUUAUUAAUAAAUUAAAACGUCUAAAUGAAGGGAUGCGUACUCCAUGAUGACCAAUCUUGACUAUAAGCCUAUGUUAGGUGAUUAACCUGUUUUAGUGUGUUUUUUUGCUAAUGUUGAGCUCGUGGACAGCCCGUUUUCCAGUAUUUUUUUAUUAUUAUUUUCAAUUCAUUCAUUGUAUUUCAUACUGUAACAUCUUCAGAGAGUUGGAUACUAAUGCUGCACUGACUAGUGGGUUGUCAUUCCAACUCUUUUAGAUGGGAAAGCUGUCCCAAAUUCAGAAGUAUAUCAGCCACACCAUUGUGAAGGUUAUAUGAGGCGCGUUGGCAUUAAUAUUCACUGAAAUGCGUGCAAUCCAGCAAAGAAGGCCUACCUCAUUAGCUCAGUGUGUGUGUUUUUUGAUGCUUCAUCUACAACUUGAAUAAAGUUGUGACGCAAAAAUCACA